AUGGAUAAAUCAGCGCGUAUUGUUAUCGUUGGAGCCGGUGCUUUUGGCCUUGGCACUGCUCUCAAACUCAAGGAGGAAGGAUAUACAUCAGUCACCGUUCUCGAUCGCUCGAUGCCCCCAGUCCCAGAUGGUUCGAGCAACGAUAUUUCACGCAUAAUCCGUUUCGACUAUGGCGACGCUAUAUACGCCAAAAUUGCCAAGGAGGCUUUUGACCUCUGGAAAACCCCGGAGUACUCAGAUGCCUUUUACCAGACACCAUGUCUCUGGGUAUGUCAGGAGGGUACUCCCGAACAGCCAGUUCAACCGCGAGCCCAGGAAUAUAGCGCAAAGACAAAGCGUGUCUUAACAGAAAUGGGCCAGCCAUGGCAUGCAGUCAAGAGUGUGGAGGAAGCUAAAGGACUGUGGCCAAAGCUCACUGGGAAGCUGGCAACUCCGGGCUUUGAUGGAUUUUACAACACAUCUGCUGGAUGGGCUGAUGCUGGAAAAGCCAUCAGUCGCCUUGCGUCUCGAUGUGUUGCCGCUGGCGUGUCGUUCAUCACUGGUCCGAGUGGUCAGGUCGAGGAAUUUGAGAAGAACCACGAUGGCAGCAUCAAGGCUGUUCGCACUGCCAAUGGUAACAGAGUCAACAGUGAUCAUUUUAUCGUGGCUACUGGUGCAUGGACUUCAAGCUUGGUUCCUGCCUGGAAUUCAAUGCUUGCAGCUGGACAAGUUGUUGGAUACCUCAAGCUCACCCCCCAGGAAGUUGCUGAGUUGAAAGACAUUCCGAUUUAUUUCAACUUCUCCACUGGUUUCUUCUGUUUCCCACCGCACGAUGGGACUGGCUACCUGAAGGUUGCUAUUCACGGUUAUGGCUACACACAGCAGUCAACAAAAGCUGGCGUGUCUGCACCCGGUGCAUCUGCUGUUGCCUCGCGGGCCAAUUUUGUUCCCGAGGAUGGAAUGAAGAGACUUCUAGCUGGUAUGAAAGACAUAUUCCCUCAUCUCGCUCCGAGGGGCUUUGAGCGUGCUGGGAUUUGCUGGUACAAUGAUACCCCCACCGGUGAUUUUAUCUUUGACUUCCACCCCGAACAUAAGAACCUCUUCAUCGCAACUGGUGGCAGUGGACAUGCGUUCAAGUUUCUGCCAGUGCUCGGAAAAAAUAUUGUUGGAAGCUUUCAACAGAAUCUUCCCCAGGAACUGCUCAACAAGUGGAAGUUUCCGACCCAGUUCAAGGAGGCGUUCCAGGGCGAUGCAUUUGCGGGCGAUGGGAGCCGUGGUGGACCAGAGAGGAGAGAGUUGACGAACAACGAACGAAGCACUUUCGAUGUUGCUCUUCGUGCGUCUACACGCCAGAGCAAGAUCUAA